GGGCCCUUUUCGUUGAGGCAUGUGCCGGAAUACAGAAGGAACUUACUGAGAGUAUAAAGUUGAAAACUUGUUAGCUCUGGUGAACCCCAAAUACGGAAUACCAAGAGAGUGAAGCUAGCAGAAGGAGAUGGCGCAAGGAGGUGGAGCAAAGCAGGUGAAAUUGGAACGAGAGAGCGAACUUAGAAUCGAAGUGGGCAACGACGCGCCUCUCAAGCUUCGGCUGCUCAAUGGCACAGCCGAGAUCUUUGGCACCGAGCUUCCCCCUGAAAUCUGGCUCACCUUCCCACCCAGGCUCAAGUUUGCUGUUUUUACUUGGUAUGGAGCAACAAUUGAGAUGGACGGCAGUACGGAAACCGAUUACACCGCUGAUGAGACCCCAAACAUCAGUUAUGUAAAUGUGCAUGCCGUACUGGAAGAACGGAGAAACCGUGCUAAAGCCUCGCCGCCUGAUGACUCCAAUUCUUCUCAGCCUCAGGGCCCGAGGGUGAUUGUUGUGGGACCUACAGAUUCUGGGAAAAGUACCUUGUCCAAAAUGCUUCUUAGUUGGGCAGCUAAGCAGGGAUGGAAGCCUACUUUUGUCGACUUGGAUAUUGGACAAGGAGCUAUAACAAUUCCCGGAUGCAUUGCUGCUACUCCAAUUGAAAUGCCUAUUGAUCCGGUUGAAGGAAUUCCUCUUGAAAUUCCCCUUGUUUAUUUCUAUGGGCACACAACUCCUAGUAACAAUGUAGAUUUAUACAAAGUACUUGUGAAGGAGCUUGCUCAAGUGAUAGAGAGACAAUUUUCUGCUAAUGCUGAAUCUCGAGCUGCUGGAAUGGUGAUCAACACUAUGGGAUGGAUAGAAGGUCAAGGCUAUGAGUUGCUUCUUCAUGCAAUUGAUACAUUCGAUGCCAAUGUUGUCUUAGUUUUGGGACAGGAAAAGCUUUGCAGCAUGCUCAGAGAUGUACUAAAGAACAAGCCCGGUGUGGACGUUGUUAAACUUCAAAGAUCAGGGGGUGUUGUAUCCAGGAAUGCGAAAUUCCGUCAAAAAUCCAGGAGUCAUAGGAUAAGGGAAUAUUUUUAUGGCCUUGCAAAUGAUCUGAGCCCGCAUUCUAAUAUCGCAAAUUUCAGUGAUUUAUCUGUCUUUCGAAUUGGUGGCGGGCCACAGGCCCCACGUUCAGCUUUGCCAAUUGGUGCAGAGCCUGCCGCAGAUCCUACAAGAUUGGUGCCUGUGAAUAUUAACAGGGAUUUGCUCCAGACGGUUCUUGCUGUUUCAUUCGCCAAGGAUCCUGAUCAAAUUAUUUCUAGUAAUGUUGCUGGGUUUAUUUAUAUCACAGACAUUGAUCUUCACAGGAAGACAAUUACAUAUCUUGCACCAUCUGCCGGCGAUCUUCCAAGCAAAUAUUUGAUUGCAGGAAACUUGCCAUGGCUUGAAACAUGAAGUUGAUGAUUGAAACCCCCAAAUAGUUUGUUCAGGUUGACUAUGACUUGUAUUGUAUGGCUUACUGGUGAAAUGUAGAUUACUGAUUUAUGUAAGGAGAGUGUAAGGCGUGAACUACCUAGCAAGGGAAAGUUAGUUGAUGAAACCGAAAAAAGGGUCUGAUGAGCAUGUUCUAGGGUUAAUGAUGUACUCAUCUUUCAUACCGUUCGCACAAAGUAAUGGAAUUUGUGAAAUUUCAAUGCAAACUGCGUGCUUCUU